AUGUUUGGAGACCAGGCACUAUCACUUAUCGUUGAAGCGAAGCGAGGGGAUUUGACCGGAAAUCUCCCUAAAUACAAUGACGAAACAGUCCGCAACUCCAUCCGCGAGCUCCGUAACCUCAACAAUGAUCUCUCUUCCUACACCGACGCCUUCCCAGACACAGACGAACUGCCUCCGACCGAGAUGCUUUGCACGUCAACGUUUUACCACGAAGGAGUUCAAAGGACAAAGAGAUGCUUACUCGCGUACCAUGUUCACCGUAUCGAAAAACUCAAGGAACUGUACUGGUCUUUUGGCGGAGUUCUACAACCAAUAAUUGGAGAUUCUGCAUUAAGAGAUAGACUGGCACCUCACGAAAUAGAUUUCCUUCGCGAAUAUCAUGCAAUGGUCAUGGACUACAAAUCAGACUUUGUUGACGUGCUUGACAUCUCUGCUGGUAUUGCUCGUCCUCCAAAAGACUUACAUGUUCAGGUCAUGGUCAUCCGGGAAUGCGGAGCUAUUCAUACUGAACUGGGGACCAUUGAUUUCCAAAAAGGCCAGCGAUACCUAGUUCGAAGGGUGGAUGUUGAACAUCUUAUCGUUCAAGGGUACCUAGAGGAGGUUUAA